CCAUAGGGAUGGGGGAUGCGCUGGGGAAGGGGGGGGGACGGGGACAGCCACCCACCCCCUUACCGCCGGCUAGCUGCUCCUCCGCGCCGGGUGAGGGGGCCGGCCGAGCCUGCGCACAGCGGCAGCGGCUCUGCCCAGCUCCCGCCGAGGACAAUGGGGUCACUUCCUGGUACGACAGCAGCUGAAUGUGCCUCAAAUCUGAAGAAGAUUUACACCGUCCAAACAGUGCAGGAUUUCUGGAGUGUCUACAACAACAUUCCUCUGGUGACAAAUUUACCCUUGAGAAGCAGUUACCAUUUAAUGCGGGGAGAAAGACGGCCACUUUGGGAAGAGGAAAGCAAUGCCAAAGGAGGUAUAUGGAAAAUGAAGGUCCCUAAAGAAAGUACGGCUGCAGUUUGGAAGGAGCUUCUGUUAGCAACGAUUGGAGAGCAGUUUACAGACUAUUGUGCAGCAGAUGAUGAGGUAAUAGGAGUGAGUGUCAGUGUUCGUGACCGUGAGGAUGUUGUGCAAGUCUGGAACAUGAAUGCCUCUUCAGCAAGUGAAGCAAAAGUUAUAGAAAAGAUACACAAACUUCUGCCACAGACAUCUUUUAAAGUCGUGUUUUAUAAAUCACACAGAGAGCAUCAUGCUUUUGAAGGCCGGCGGGGAAAACAUUAAAAGCUCAUUGAUUGUUGUUUGGGGCUUUGAGAUGGUCUGGGCAAAGUGAAACCCUGCAGAAGCAUAACGUGCAGUGGGCCCUUGGAGUUCCUAACAUUUCAAACUGAGAAAAUAAGGAAAACCAAUUGCCUUGACCACUAAACAUGCAAUUCAUUUACUUUUGGUCUGCUUGGGUUCUUUAAAUUUUCCAUUGUUUCUGUAAAAAGAUACUUUGGCCACUUCAUUUUGUUUGGUUUUUGGUUUUGCAGUCAGAUCACAUUUGUUCUUAUUUCAUUAAGGCAGCAGGCUUUCCUUUCUUCUGUACUGUGCUGAGUUAAAUGCAAACAUGCAGAGAGUUAGUAUGCCCUUUGCUCAGAUGUGCUCUGUUUAAAGGAAUAUUGGCUUGGUGAAAUGUGGGUUUAAUUUUCAUCUUAAAACAUUCCUAUCAUGCUAAGAUUUACUCAGUGGUUGUGUCCCAAGAGGGAAAGACACUGCACUGCCUUUAGUCUAAUAUUCAGUGUAAUCUGGCCUUGCACUAACAAAGUAAAAGUAAAGUGAAGUGUUCACUGAGCAAGAGAUUGAAGAGACCACACUUCUGUUGCAACUACCUGUGGGGUGAUGCUAAUGAGUCUGUUAAUUGUAGUGAUUUCAGAAGAGCCCUUGUUCAGACUAGACUAAGGCAUUUUCCAGUAGGAAACUCUGCCAGCUCCACACCUCUUAUUUAAGAGGGGAUGGGGGUGUAUAUGUUUUUCAUAUUGCAUGUCUUUUUGUGAUGUUUCUCCAUGGAAAAGUGUCAUGAAUCAUUUCUAAAGCGUUGAACUGGAUCCAUCCCUCACUCUGCUGUGAGUACUUCAGGCCCAGAGCUGCACCCACAAAGGUCAGUGUCAGAAUUGCAGUUGACCUCAGUGCAAAGAGAUCCCAUCAUACACUUCAAGCCUUCAUGACUUCCUAAGUGCCUUUUAAAGCAAAUAAACACAGAAAUACAGAAGAGAAAGGGAUUUGGUAUUGUAGCAUGGAUAUGAAUAUAAACAGUUAAGAAUAUAAACAGUGUUAAUCUUCAAACAUUUGCCUAUACUAAUUCUUUGAGGUGCUGAUUUGUUUUAAUAACACUGCCAAAGAUUAAUGUAGUUUCUUUUACAAGAAGAAGCUGCAAGGUAGAGCUGAACAUGCCCUCCACUGAGCAUUACUUCACUGGUAAGAGGUUUUCAUUUGGCAACUCUUCAAGUGGUGCUGAUUUCCACAUCUUUAAUAUAUUAAGAGGCAGACAUUACAACCAAAUAAAUGUAAAAAUAAGAAUCAUA